AGUAAGAAAAGAGUGGAGUGCAGGAAGGAAGAAAUAGGCUUACCUAAUUUUAUUAUGUUUUUGGCCCAAUUCUUUUGUUCCUACACUCUAAUUUUUGUUGGCCACCACCCCAAUUUGGUUUUCUAAUCCCUAGUCCACCGCUCCCAUUUCCGGCGUGACCUAACCACCAUCGUCUUCAAUCUCCGAAGCCUCGCCGUGUCAGCCGCAACUUUUCUAUUCCAUUCUCUAUCUUCGAGACCUCCGCGCCAAUUUCAGUAAAGGACAGACCUCCACGUGCAGGGCAAACCCCUGACCACCUAUCCAUCUCGAGAGAAGAGGCGUUAAGCAGCGACGUCAGAACCCCAGGCCGCCGCCUCUAUCUCCGGCGAAGCUUCCUGGAGCUGCGGCUAGUCGAUCCCACCUGAACCCGAGCUCCCUUGGUGCGGUUCUGACCCGGGAUGAUAUGGUGGGAUAUUACAGAAAUGGAUGUAGGAUGCUCGCCCCUGCUCAUGAUCAGCUCUUGUUGAGGUCGAGUGCAAGCUGUUCGAAAGAAGGAACGACGCAGUGGGAGCAGCGGAAGAGGGGAACCUUAAUCCCCUAAUCAGUUGUGACCAACAGGUAUCAGAGGUUUAAUUAAGGUUGUUACAGCAAGCAAGUAAGAACUACCCAACCACACCUACUCUUGCUUUCUAUGCUUAAAAAUCAAAGUAUGUUCUCUCUGACAAGAAAUUGCUUCAAGUAUCGUACUACCUACUUCAGGAGGAAUAUCCCAAGUGAAACCAUACUCUCCACACUCUCAUUUUGCCACAAAUUUCAUGAGCCCAAUGAGAAAUAUUUACUGAAGAUUGUUUUUUCUCAUCACACCCACAAAUUUGACCGCUCGUCAUUCCAAAUCAACAGUAGUUGCACUCAAUUCCCUGUCCCAUUUGCACCCUUUAGUUCUCCCUAUUCAACAAAAGCUCCUUCAAGAUCUUACCGAAGAAGAGCCAGAAAUAGGUUGUUGAAGUCCUCCAAGCCUACCCUAGACCAAGCCCAAUUUCAGUUGGCACUGUCCCAACUUCCCCCAAGGUUCACUAAUGAAGAACUGUGCACUGUGAUUGCUCGACAAGAUAAUCCCUUGGUUUGCUUAGAACUAUUUCACUGGGCAUCUCAACAGCCACGAUUUCGGCAUGAUGUGUCCACGUUUCAUGUCACCAUAAAGAAGCUUGGUACGGCAAAGAUGUUCCAAGAAAUGGAUGACAUUGUGAACCAACUGAUUGCAGUUCCUUUAAUUGGUUCAGAGGCAUUGUUCAACACAGUUAUAUAUUAUUUCACUCAGGCUCGGAAGCUUACUAGAGCUGUCAAUGUGUUUAAGCACAUGAAAAGUAAAAGGAAUUUAAUUUGCUGUUAUAGGCCCUCCAUUAGAACCUAUAAUAUUCUUUUUGCUGCAUUUUUGGGUAGAGGAAGCAACUCCUAUAUAAACCAUGUGUAUAUGGAAACAAUUAGAUGUCUGUUUAGGCAAAUGGUCAAUGAUGGGAUCAAGCCUGAUAUUUUUUCAUUAAAUUCUAUGAUCAAAGGUUAUGUUCUAUCUCUUCAUGUUAAUGAUGCAUUGAGGAUAUUUCAUCAAAUGGGUGUGGUUUAUGAUUGUCAGCCCAAUGCGUUGACAUAUGAUUACUUGAUUCAUGGCUUGUGUGCCCAGGGCAGAACAAAUAAUGCCAAAGAGUUAUUUAAUGAAAUGAAGACCAAAGGUUUUGUUCCUGGUAGUAAAUCUUAUAAUUCGCUUGUCAACUCGUUGGCGCUUGGUGGAGAGAUUGGGGAAGCAGUAACUUAUCUGUGGGAGAUGACCGAUAAGCAAAGGUCACCUGAUUUUAUUACAUGCAGGACUGUACUGGAUGAGAUAUGCAGACAAAGAACAAUUCAGGAGGGCAUGGGUUUUUUGCAGGAGUUGCAAGAAAAUGACCUUGUAGAUGGGCAUGCUUACAGGAAGCUUCUUUAUGUGCUUGAAGAUGACUAUGGGAAUUCAGUAAGUAGAAAGAAUGGAAUUGAGUGAGCAGAGUUUUUUCAGUCACUAAGGAAUGUGAGUGAUAGGACUUUUUGAUGAGGUUCGGAUGCCAUUAACAGAAAACGACCGUAAUCCAAUACUAAUUGACAUAAAGACUCAUUCUCAAGAUACUCUUCCUGCUGGACCGGAAGGAAGAAAUGGAAGACCCUGAAUGAUGUGAUGAGAUAUUACAGAAAUACAUGUAGGAUGCUGACCUCUUGCUCAUGAUCAACUCUUGUUGAGAAAGUUCAUUCACGUUUUGGAGAAGAUAAAUUUGCACAUGAUCAUGACUGACUAAAGAAUCAAAUUUGUUCUUGCCUUGGAGAGUAAGAAGCCAAUGCUAGAAAUGUGGACAAGGUUUGAGAGAUCAAAGGAUUAAGCAUGUAGAUAUUCAUACAUGUAGGAUGACUUUUAUAUGGUACAUAUGUUUGACUAUGUUUCAUUGUAUAUUUUGAUGAUCCACCAAUAUGAUUGCGUUGUUUUGUGAAAACUAUAUAUAUACACUUAGGACAAGCUUCAUCCCAAUGAGACAAACUAUUUAGGAUUUCCAAUUGCUAA